AUGCGGGAGCACACCGGGCCCGUGCGCGCGGUGCCCCUGCGGAGCGGAGUCAUAACCGCUGUCGGGGCACCGAUAAAACCUUGUUCAGAGCUAUCACUUCCUGUGAGGAUCUACUUCUGUGUCACUGUUGUGUCUCUGCUAAGUGUGAUAGGGCUGACCAUAGAGACACUCGUUCGACAAACGGAGGAAGAUUUCACCAUUUCUCUAAUUCAGUUAGUUGGAGUUGUGUUCUGUGUAUACUAUGUGACCAGAGGGAUCCUGCAGGAGAAUCGCCAGGAGCUCAUCGUCUUUGUUCUUUCCAUCUUGCUCGUGAUGUUUCGUUCCGUUGUCAACUUCACGGUUCUCUCUGCUGAGCAAAAGCCGAAACUCCUGGCCCGCUUCAUUCUCAUCCUCUUGGUUGGCUCCUUUGAUGUGAUCUGUGCCAUCAUCCUCAUUCAGAGUCAAAGCAUGAUGGCCUUCCGAGUGGGUGGUGCUCUAGAAAGCCUACAGUCACAGUACUUCAUGCUGAACCUCUGUUUUUCUAUGCUGACCUUUGAUCUUCAGGCACAGCUCUGCUUGUGUGUUCUGCUGAUAAGCCUGCAUGAGAUCACCCUUCUACAUAAUAUCAUCUCAGCAACAGGGGUUCUUUGGGCCUGCCUGAAGGUGACCAUCGGCAUCAUCGCAAUUUUAAAAGAACUGAAACCUCUAGUGUGGAUUUUUCUGAGUCAGAAUGUACCUGAAGUAGCUUAUCUCACCUACCUGCUUUACACGGUGAUCAGGGAGUGGGGCAAAGGGAAUUCUUACACUCUGGAAGCUGCUUUCAUUACCGGCUCCUGCAUUUCUGUUGCAAUAAAAUCUGUUUUGUUCUGGGCACUGCUUCAUGUCUACCGCAGCUUUGGGCAGGGGCUGAGAGAAAGAAUGUUUUCUUCCUAUGGAAGGAUCGACUCCUGA